AUGAGACCUCCUGUUAGAAAGAGUACCAUUUACAUUAAGAACUUUGCUGACGUCGAACGCAAAAUCCCAGAGAUCAACAUUAAACCAGGAGACAUCCUUACGAGCUUCGACGCCAUCUCGUUAUUCACCAAAAUACUGCUGACAGGGUAUCUUAACCUGGAGAGUAGGAUCUUCCCUGUAGACAUGUGCAAGAUCUUCGAAGUUAGCCUCGUAUGGAAGGUGGAUUACUACGAGCAGGUAGAUGGGGUGACAAUGGAAAGCUCACUAAGACCGGUCAUAGCCAAACUCUUCAUGGAGCAUUUUGAUAAGAACGCUAUCGGAAUCUCGUGGUACAAGCAAACUGCUUGGUUACUAUACGUGAAUGACACCUUUGCAAAUUGGGGACACGGAAUGGAAAACCUAAACUACUUCCUCCAACACCUGAAUAGGCAUCACCCUAGUAUCCAGUUAACCAUGGAGACUGAAAAUGGCUAA